CCUAUUUCUUAACCACAUUAUUUUCUCCUUGUUAAUUUCAGCAUGCUUCAUUUUUACUUCCCUCCACAGAUUCACCAUUCUCCUUGUUAAUUUCCAAGCUUCCCUCUCCAGUAGACCUAAAUGUUUCUGCCCUUCUCCCAAAUCUCCAAAAUUCAUUCAAACCCAUUUGAACUCAAAAACCCAAAAUUCAAAAACCCAUUUGACGCCAGCCCCACUUGCUCUCUCCACUCCGUCAAUGACAGAGGGUUUCUCGCAGCUACCUGGAGCCCCGCUUGCUCUCUCCUCUCCGUCAACGACAAAGCGUUUCUUGCAGCUGACCCCAGCCCCGCUUGCUCUCUCAUCUCCGUCAACGACAGAGGGUUUCUCGCAGCCGACCGCGGCCUCGCUUGCUCUCUCCUCUUCGUCAACGACAAAGGGUUUCUUGUAGCCGACCACAGCCCCACUUGCUCUCUCCUCUCCGUCAACGACAGAGGAUUUCAGUGCUUAGUAGUAUGAUACUACUCAACCAGUUCAACUUCGUUUGUUUAUGAUUGUAUCAGUGUAGAUCUAUUGCAAGAUCCAAUUUUUAUUUUCGUUUACUUGGUUUUUGUUUUGGUUUUGGUCUUGGUGUGUCUCUCUUCUUGUUGCGAUUGUACUGACGGGUGCAAGUGCUGAAAUUUCAAGUCUUGAUUUGCAAGUUUUGCAGCUUUUUUUUUUUCUUGUGUUAAAGGUAGUUAUCUGCAGGGAGUUUUAAAUAGUUUUUAACUCUUUUUUUUUUUUUUUAUAGAAAUGAAGCAAUAUAAGAUGGGAUCUUAUAUUACGGUUAACUAAUUCUGCCAUUUCUGAGCUUAUUCUUUGAAUCUUGGCUGUGGAUGCCUUUUGGCUUUUAAGUAAAAUUUUAAGAUUCUC